CCUGUGGGGGGGUGGCUGCUCCUCCCCUGGCCCGCCCCUCCGUGGAGCUCCGCCUGCCCCAGGAGCCAGGCGCCCCCUCGUGGUACCCAGCCGGGCAGGCCGGUGCAGGCUCGGUGCUUCUGCUCUGGGCCUCCCCCAGACACCCCUGCAGCCAUGAACCCCAACAGCCUCGGUGGGGGUCAGCAGCCCACGUCCAGCGCCCCGAGGAGGCUCCUCUUUGCGGGGGGCUCUGCGGAGUCCAAGGCCAGGUCCACACGGGGCUCCCCGGGCCCCCACCCUGGCCCGGAGAGACGCGGGGCCCCCCGACAUCCGCGGCCCCUGAGGUUCCCCGGCCCGGAGGCCUCGGGCCUGCCCAACCACCAGCCCUUGGGGGGCCCCCCCAUCCCCGGCUACUCGUCGGGGGACACGUCCCGGGGCGCUCUGGGGAGAGGCGAGCUGGCCUUCCGGGCCUUCCCCAGGAGGCAGGGCCCCCGGCCGGAGGCCCCCGCCGCCCCCGGGGCAGGGGAGCUGGAGGCCUCCUCGCUGCCCCCCGGCCUGGCCUCGGCCCUGCUGGGCCCCCGCGACAAGGUGAAGAAGAGGCUGCCCAGAGCCCCGGCCGAGAGCCCGCGCGGCGCCCCCGGGGAGGCCUGCGGCGGCCCCAAGAGGCUCAAGGCGGAGCCCCAGGCCGUGGAGAAGUGGGCGCUGGGGCCCAUGGGCGACCACCCCCUGAACCGCUGCCCGGCCCCGCUGGGCUGGCCCAGACCCGGCCCAAAGGAGACGCCGAGCGCAGGGCCUGAUGCGAGAGCGCGCCCGUCCCAAGAGCUGCUGCCGUGCCGGGACAAGGGCGCCCCGCAGGACUCGGCCUCGGCUCCUCCGCCCUCCUUCGCCAGGGGCGACCUCCCCGGCCACAGGUAGGACCGGGCCUCGGGGAGCUCCGGGACGCCCCGCUCCGGCCGGCUGUCCGUCGGCCUCCCAAGGAGGCAUCGGGGUGGGCUGAGGCCCGGGUGACCUCCCGGCCUUCACCUGCUGCCUGGGCCGGCCCCGAGCCUUCGAGACGGCGGGCGGGCGGGCGGCCGCGGGGCUCCCAGCGGCCGUAGCGGCCUCGAGCCUCUGCCGCGUUGGGUCCCCGCGAUCCAAGCUGCCCCCUCUGCUCGCGCCCGCGUGCCGGGUCUGGGGCUCUCCAGGACCCCAAGAUCCUGCCACCGGCUGGCCAGGGAAAAGUCCUGAUCGCGUCGGAGCUGGGCCUCAAGGAAACCCCAGAG